UCGGUCUUCAGCUCAAGCCAUUACAUUCUAACAUCCGCCAUCAUUGGAAACAAAGCACCAAGUCACCAACACAGUCACACACAUCACCAGCCAGUAUCAACCUUUCAACGGUUCAAACCCCAUGUCCCAAACAACCCCUAACCUCGCGGCCCUUCUGCCCGCCGCUCGCGGCAAGCUCGUCGUCGAAGAACGCGCCAUCCCUUCCCCCGGUCCCGAUGAGAUCCUGGUCCGCAACCAUGCCAUCGCCCUCAACCCCAUCGACUGGAAGCGCGUGGACUUUGGCAUCGCCGUCUCCUCCUAUCCCGCCGUCCUCGGCUCGGACAUCUCCGGCGUCGUGACCGAGGUGGGCUCUGGGGUGACCUCUUUCCAGCCCGGCGACCGUGUCAUCGGCACGGCCUCUGACAUGAGCACGGGCAACCCCGACAACGCGGCCUACCAAACCUACACUGUCCUGCUAGCGUCUGCGACCGCCAAGCUUCCGGACGCGGUGUCCUUCAAGGACGGGGCCGCAACGGUCACGGCCGUCAGCACGGGAUCCCUCGCGCUGUUCGACGUCCUCGACCUACCCACCCCGGACAGCGACACCAAGCCCUCGCCCGACACGGGCAUCCUGGUAUGGGGCGCCGCGUCCGCCACGGGAGCCGGCACGGUGCAGCUCGCCCGCCUGGCGGGGCUCAAGGUGUUCGCCACGGCCAGCCCGCAGCACCACGCGCGUGUGCGCUCGCUGGGCGCCACCGCCGUCGUCGACUACCGCUCGCCCACCGCCGUCGACGACCUCGCGGCGGCGGCCAAGAAGGCCGGCGUCAAGGUCAUCUUCGCUGUCGACUCCAUCUCUACGAAGGACACUCUGCCCUUGGUAGUGGAUUUCCUAGCCAAGUUUGACGGCCCCAAGAAGGUCGCCCAUCUGCUGCAGUGGCCGGAGGGCGUGGCGAAGCCGGAGGACGUCGAGGCGGCUUGGGUGCAGGGGUUCAGAAUCUGGGGCCAGAGGCGGGAUUUGUCGGUGCUGGUGUUUAAUAACUUGCUGAGCGGGUGGUUGGAGAAUGGGGAUAUUGUUCCGGGCGCUGUCAGGGUUAUCGAUGGCGGUCUGGAUGGGCUGCAGACGGGGCUGGAUGUGUUGAGAAAGGGGGUGAGUGGCGAGAAGUUGGUGGUUGAGCUAUGAGUCGGUUCUUGAAGAAGGAAUGCGAAUACGAAUAGAGACUGUUACUUGAUGCCUGGUGUAACCCUACGUCCCGACUCUUCUACACCGCAUCGGUAGGUAUGUAGGUAUGCCAACACGUGGAUGUGUCCAGGAUCCCCAACCCUCAACUCCAUAUUGAGCCUACUCAAGUUCGAAACUUCUUCCCCUUAACGGGACCCUAAUUUCCAAGCUCUUACGAAUCCUUAAUUUGCCAAGACCCCUGAAGUAACGAUGGUUAUGCCCGGUCGUGGCCCCCGUCCAAUGCCGCUCAUCUCACGUCAUUCGCUUUACCGAAAGAUUGAUUGCAACCCACCUCGCUUUCCGUUCGUUUGGAGCAC